GGCGCGGCAGAGCUGAGGCGGCGGCGGCAGGGGCGGCAGGGGCGGCGCUCGGCAUGGCUGGCCUGGGGCUCGGGUUGGUGAGCUGCACCUUCUUCCUAGCCGUGAAUGGUCUGUAUUCCUCUAGCGAUGACGUCAUCGAGCUCACGCCAUCCAAUUUCAACAGAGAAGUCAUUCAGAGCGACAGUUUGUGGCUCGUAGAAUUCUAUGCUCCGUGGUGUGGCCACUGCCAGCGGUUAACGCCCGAGUGGAAGAAAGCAGCCAGUGCCUUAAAGGAUGUGGUGAAAGUCGGUGCAGUUGAUGCCGACAAGCACCAGGCCCUGGGAGGUCAGUAUGGGGUGCAGGGCUUUCCGACCAUCAAGAUUUUUGGCUCCAACAAGAACAGACCAGAAGAUUAUCAGGGGGGCAGGACCGGCGAGGCGAUCGUGGACGCCGCGCUCAGUGCCCUGCGCCAGCUUGUGAAGGACCGCCUCGGGGGCAGGAGUGGCGGCCACAGCUCCGGAAGACAGGGCAGAGGCGACAGUUCGAGUAAGAAGGAUGUGAUUGAGCUGACGGACGACAGCUUUGAUGAGAACGUCCUCGACAGCGACGACAUCUGGAUGGUUGAGUUUUACGCUCCUUGGUGUGGACACUGCAAAAACCUCGAGCCAGAGUGGGCCGCCGCAGCCACCGAGGUCAAAGAGCAGACGAAAGGGAAAGUGAAGCUGGCGGCCGUGGACGCCACCGUCAACCAGCUGCUGUCGAGCAGAUACGGGAUUCGAGGAUUUCCUACAAUCAAGAUAUUUCAGAAAGGCGAGUCUCCUGUGGACUACGACGGUGGGAGGACGCGGUCCGACAUAGUGUCCCGGGCCCUGGAUCUGUUCUCCGACAACGCCCCGCCCCCGGAGCUGCUGGAGAUCAUCAACGAGGACGUGGCCAAGAGGGCGUGUGAGGAACACCAGCUGUGCAUCGUGGCCGUGCUGCCACACAUCCUUGACACAGGAGCUGCAGGCAGGAAUUCGUAUUUGGAUGUUCUUCUGAAGUUGGCCGAUAAAUACAAAAAGAAAAUGUGGGGGUGGCUGUGGACAGAAGCUGGGGCGCAGGCGGAGCUGGAGUCGGCGCUGGGCAUCGGCGGGUUCGGGUACCCUGCCAUGGCAGCCAUCAACGCGCGCAAGAUGAAGUUCGCUCUGCUCAAAGGGUCUUUCAGCGAGCAGGGCAUUAACGAGUUUCUCAGGGAGCUGUCCUUCGGGCGUGGCUCCACCGCUCCUGUGGGAGGCGGGGUCUUCCCUGCCAUCAGUGUGCGAGAUCCGUGGGACGGCCAAGAUGGCGUGCUGCCCGUGGAGGACGACAUUGACCUCAGUGACGUGGAGCUCGACGACUUGGAGAAAGACGAGCUGUGAGGCGGCGCGGCGGCUCCGGGCGCUUCCUCGUCUUGGGAGCAGCAGCGAAGGGCGCCCUCCCCAGGUGGCUCCGCCAGGGGCCCCUCCCAGGAAGUGGCUCUGGAGGGCCAUUGCAAACACUGCACCAGUGAACUUUGCGUCUCGAGAAACACGGAGAAAUUCUAUGAAUUGCUGUAGCCAGUGAAGGGUUGUGUGCUGCCACGUCACGUCGAGGACAACAGGGCUGUCGCCCCGUCCCUCCCCGACUGCUGCUGGGAUGUCUUGGAGGCCGUUUCCUACACAGAGGGUUUUUUUAAAUGUGAUUCCUUCAUUUGAAUAUUAAUGGCUUUUUCCAUUAAAGAAUAAAACAAUA